AUGAAAAAAGGUGGGAAAAAAAAACAGGCGGCGCGCAGCAACCAACUGGGCAAAGGAUUAAAUGAUGAUUCUGAAGAUGAGGAAGUCAUAGAAAGCGAAUCUUCGAGCGAUGAAGAGGAGGAAACCAACUCCUCCAGUGAAGAAUCAAUCGAUAGUGAUUCCGACAAUCCGUCGGACAAAGAGCAGGAAGACCAAGCGGAAAAGCAAAUACAGAUAUAUUUCACAUCGGACGUGGCUAAUGAAAAGUACCAAAUGGAAGACACGAUUUACACCAUUCCAGCUAGCUUCAGAAGAAUCGACUUGUCAAGGAUGGUCAAAAAAUUGCUGGAUAUAAAGGAAAACGUGUCCUUCGAAUUUUUAAUAAAUGAUCAAAUUUUAAGAUCAUCUAUAGAAGAAUUCCUACAGCUUAAUAAUAUCCUCUCGGAAAAUGUGAUACAGAUAAAGUACAUACUAUCAAUAACGAAAAAGGAAAGUACUCAAAUUGACAAAAUCUCAGAAUGGAUUUCAAAAUUAAUUGUAAUUGAAGAUAAGUUAUACUGUAGCACCUUCGAAGGAAGUGCCCUCUGUUAUGAUUUGUCAAAUUUCGCCAAAAUUGAUGAGCGAAAAGUAGCUGAUACAUCCAUAUUUGCAUUUAAUGUUUGUAAAAAUGACAAAUUAAUCGAUGGAGAAGUAAGGUACAGCGAAUCGGCUAUAGGACUAUCCAAUGGGACUAUAAGGGCAUUUUUAAAUGAAGAAACGGGUCAGAAAAUAGUAACGCGGAGUGAACUAUGUCUAGGAAACCAUGACGAUAUGGUUAAAUCUAUCGCGUUCAGUAAGAGCGGGUCGCUACUUAUCAGUGGAGGUGCAGAUAACAAAAUAAACCUGUAUGAUAAUAACGAAAUUGUUCACAAGUUAAAGGAAUGCAAGUCCGAAAGUAACACGAAUAAGAGAAAAAUGAAACAUGUGUUAACUCCGAAGAAGUGUAUACAUAAAGACGUGGGAAUUAUAACUGCUCUAACAUUUUUUAAUAGUAAUAACCGCUUUUUAUGUACAGGCGUGGAAAAAAAUAUAAAAAUUUAUGAUGCAGAUACGGCAGACAUAUAUGCGACUGUUCCAUAUGGAAAAGCAAUCAUGUGCAGUGAUAUUUUGAAUGAGAAUCUGUUCGUAACUGCAGAUGAUCAGUCUGUUAUUAAACUGUUCGAUAUCAGAUGCUUAGAGGAACAAGCAGUCAUAUCGCUAAAUGCGCAUAAAUAUAUUUUCCAUGAUAAAGUGGUAACUUCCCUUGUGGGAAACAAAAAUGGAAUCCACUUUUUAUCUUGCUCACAUGAUGGGUUUACGAAUAUAUAUGACGUGAGGCUGAACAAGUUACCGGUGUACACGAUUCAAACUGAGGACAAGUCGAAGGUCCUGUCCAGCACCUGGUUCUACAAGGAAAGCCACAAUUAUGUCAUAAAUGCUGACGAGAACAUUUUGACUCUACAUAGCUUUUAA